GACCGGAGUUGUGGCGGGAAAUUCAACGACGCUCGCUCCGUUAGCUUCGUUAGCUUCGUUAGCUCCGCUUUAUGUAGUUUGUGUUUGUGUAAAUAUUUGAGUGUAGCUUCCCUAAAUAAAGCUAGAAGAACAUUAUAACGUUUGAUUUAAGUAAUUAGCUCAAAUUAAGUUGCCUGUGAAUGACCUUAGUAAAACUGUAGCUAUAUUAUAUAUUAUCCGUUAGCAGAGCAGGCUAUCAUUAGCCGACAUUAGCUGGGCCUGAAGUUAUACUGACAGACACGGUUGUAAAAAUGGCUACAGCCAGAAGACAGAUGAAGAAAAAACACCCAGAAGAAAAAUCAGAUAAAAACGUGUUUGACUUUAGUCCGGAGCAGGUAAAGAAAGAGCUGAGCGGGUCGGAGGACGACGCCAGAGCGGAUGAAACUCCGAUAGUGGAAAAGUUGGCCAAGAAGAGACCAGCAGCUGACAUGGAAGGAGAGGGGCCAGGAAAUGAGGUACAGUCCAUGUUGGAGAAAUUUGGAGCUGAUAUCAGUAAGGUGAUGCAGGCUAAGAAGAAGCGUCUGGAGUGUCUGACCAAGAACUACAUGAAGGGAAGCCAACACAAACUGGAGCAGCUGUGGAACACCUACCACAACCAGAGGAAGAAGAUGACUCACCAGUACUCCCAGCAGGUGUCCUCCGCGUUGCAGCAGUGGGAAGCUGAAGCCCAGCGAGCUGAGGAGCAGGAGGAGGAGCUCAACAAUCUGUUCAGACAGCAGCAGAAGAUCCUGCAGCAGGCCAGAGUGGUCCAGAACCAGAAGCUGAAGACCGUCAGAGAGCUGUACGAGCAGUUUGUGAAGAACAUGGAGGACAUGGAGAAGAGCCACGAUUCUUUCAUACAGGGGGCGCAACAGGAGCUGAGGAAGGAGAUGGCCACCCUGCAGAAGAAGAUCCUCAUGGACACACAACAGCAGGAGAUGGCCACAGUUCGUAAAUCGCUGCAGUCCAUGCUGUUCUAGCCUGUUACCACGGCUACGGAGCUAGUUCCUGCUUCCAGGUGUCUUAGGUCGGUGUUACCAUGGUUUCUGUAGUCCUGUAGCGUUGUCAUGGUUACGUUUGUUUUUUUACAUAUAAGAGUUCAUUUGACGACUGUGUUCUCUGUUCUGUUCCAGCAGCAGUUUGUGAUUCAGAUUAGUUGAAUUCAAAUAAGAAUGAACUCUGAAUGAAUUAGCUCUGAUAGCUGAGCUGUUUAUCUGUUGUGGUUUCUGUCUGUCAACACAGUACGGUUGGAAAGACUGCACAGCUCGUAAAGUUUUAUUAGAAACUUUAUUAGAAAAUCAUCUCUAUUACAAAUCCUUUGUAUGAAUUCAUCUGUAGACGAUUUGAGUCAAAGAGCUGAUUUCAAACUGAGAAAUGAAUAAAUGAAAGAUUGUUUAUGUACGGCC